AUGCGUUCUUUCGCUACUUUGGCCUGCCUGGCUGUCCCACUGUUCGGGACCGUCUUCGCCGAGGCCCCAGCCCCUGUCUCCAAGGUGGAUGCCAUCUACGCCAGCGCACAUGAGGCAUUCCAGGACCUUCUCAAUGCGCUGCCAGAGGACUCGCUACAUGCAGCAUUGGACAGCCUGGAACACUUCAAGACGGGCGUGUUCGAGUCGUAUCAUCACGGCGUCGAACACGUGCACGAUAAGAACCCAGCCCUUGCCACAAAGCUCAUUGUUGCCGCUGUACGUGACCUGCAAAAGAGACAAACUCCCUCAAAUGGCACCAACACGGAGACAACGGCUCAACCUCCUGCCCCAAGCACUCUGCCUCCACCAGAGAGCACCCAGGCGUCGCCCACCCCGCAAAUUACACCAUCUCAGCAACCUCCGGCGAGCACUGAAGCAUCACCACCACCAGCUCCCACAGUGACGAGCAGCACUGGACGCGCCGUCAUCAUUCCCGUGGAAAACACCAUCACUACCGGUGGCUCUACUGUUGUGCAAACAACUGAAAUCCUCAGCGAAGUCACCGCCUCCGUCCCUGUGACCGUCGUCCGCACCAACGAACAAGGCUCCACGGUGACAACCACCGAGAACCGCCCUGCCAUCAUCAUGACCACCACUGACUCUGCCGGCCGUACUCAAGUCACUACUUCUGCUGGCAACUUGGCCCCGACUGCUGGCGAAAUCGUCACGGCGACGAAUCAGCAGGGUUCCACGUUCCUGACCACGUACACGCCUACGGCUGGCAAAGUCAGCAGCGUCAAGUUGGUCACCACUACGGGCCAAGACGGGCAACCCAUGACGUUGACGAGCUAUGCGUACGUGGACCCGGCACAGCCGACGCAGACGCAGGGCUCUAGGCCAGAUGAAACACGGUCGGGUCAACCGGGACUGCAGACUGCUGCUGCCGCUAGAAACAUGGCUGGUCUUGCCGCCGUUGGUGGAGCACUAGCUUUGUUCCUCUGA